CACUUAGGCGGGAAAAGAAGUAUUUUACGGAGUACUUGGAAAGGGAAGAAGACUUUACUCCAAUGGGUCAAACUGAUCUAAUUUGUGGUUCUCAUCACAACUAAAAUUUUCUCAAUUUUUUUCUCAGAAUCUAAAGCGCCCACGGCCUUCUAUCGCCGCCGCCGCCGCAUCUGCACCUGUCCUUUUUCUCCGGUGAGACUUCACGGGCUCUCCAUGGAUCUUCCUCCCUACCACCACCAUCACCAGAGGUACGUUCAACGCCCUCCUAACUUUCCCCAUAACCCUAAUUUCUUCCACCACCAUCCUCCUCUUCCGCCCCAUUACCAGCCACCACCGCCUCAGCAACGGCUACCACCGCCUCAGCAACGGCUACCACCGCCACCACCUAUAUCCAAUCUCCCUCCACAACCAGCACCAGCAGCUCACCACCACCACCACCACCACCACAUCUCCCAUCCCCCGCCCCAAUUCUCCUUUCCUUCUCGCCUACCAGAUAACCCUAGAUUCCACGAUUAUCCCCAAAAUCGUUCUCCCCCUAAGGUUCCCUCUAAUCAGCACCCAUACCACCCCCUUCCUCUGCAACCCCCGAAUUUUCCUUACACCGAUCGUUACCAAAACCCUCAUCCUCCUCCUUCACCGAGGUUUAUUACGGAUGAUUUUAACUCUAGUGGGUUGAGAGAGAAUCGUGCUACUUCUGUAAAUGAUAGUAAAGAACCUCUUUGGGUGAGGAGAGAUGUGGAAAUCAAAUAUGAUGAUGACGAAAGGUACCAUCUUGAGAGGCGUAGAAUGGAUAUUGAUGUAAACUCAUCGAGGGAUUUUAGAUCGAGUUUGGGGAAAUAUGACUUGCGUAAUGAUAGGUAUGAAGGUGAGAGAAGGGAAUAUGGUGGUAAUAAUGCUGAUGAGGUUUCAGUUGGUUCGUCUUCGAGGCGAGUGUCGUCGUUGGAUAAUGGUAAUGAUUACGAUGAUGUUAGGUUUAGCAAUAGGUUAAGGUUGGACAAGGAGGAAAGUCAUAGAUCUCUGCAGAAGAAGCAAGUGCAGAAGAAGAGUGCAUUACUCAGGAUUCAAUGUGGGAAAGCUAAAAGUAGGAGUAGAAAUCAGGACAAUGACUCGAGUUCUGGUGGGGUAAGAGGAAAGCAGAAUGAUUUGCUUGAGAGGUUGGAGAGAAGGGUUGAAGAAAGAGAGGGAAGUAAGAUGGAGCUUGAUGUUUCAUUUAAAUCUAAUGCACUUGUGGCAAAGGCCAUUAUGACCCCGUCAACCUCCGCCAUCGAUUCAGACAGAAGCGAAACACAUAGAUGCAAGAAGAUUAGAAAAGUGAAUUCCUCUGGUUCCCCAACGAAGAGAAUUGGGGACGAUUUGGGAAAAGGUGAUGGUUCAGCAAAUGAUUCUGGUGUCAGAUCGAGUUCUAACAAGAUGUCUAAAUGUUUGGCAGAUAAAAUUACAGUUUCUGCAGGUGGAAGUUCAUCUAAGAGCACUUCAGAUUCUAGCAAGGAUUCAAAACAUUUGGCAGAUAAAAUUACUGAUUCUGUUGGUGAACGCGUAUUCAAUGGUACUUUGAGCACUUCGGAUUCUAACAAGGAUUCAAAACAUUUGGCUGAUAAAAUUACAGAUUCUGCUGGUGGACGCGCAUCUAAUGGUCAUUUGAAUUCCAACAGGGAGUCUAAACUUUUGCCUGAUGAAGUUACAGUUCCUGCUGUUAAUAGUGCAUCUAAUAGUACUUCAUUGCUGAGUUCCAAUGGGACAAGUGAUUUAUUUGGAAUGAAAGAAAGCAAGGGAUCUCCAGAGAUAAAGGUUUUGAAUCAGGGUAGUAAUCAUGAUGGGAAGUUUAGAAUUCCUUUAUUCAUAGUUAGAAAGAAGAAGCAAGUGACUAAGAAGAAAGUUGCAAGCCCUUUCAAUUUGAAAUUGCCUUCAGAUGAAGUAGUUAGCAAACUAGAAAAACCGUCAAAACUGGCUGCUGUUAGUAAAGAUGAGUCCGUAGAGCUUUCUAAUUCUGAUAGGAAGAAAGCUAGUUCCACUAAAGUCUUGGUUUCUUCAAGUGUGAACUCUGAAACUAAUGAUGUUGCUGAUUAUACCAGCAGAUCAGUUCAGAAUGGCCCCUCCUUGUUGACUUCUGAGACAUCUAUGAUUGAAGUACAAAACAAACCUACUAAUUUUGAAGUGGAUAAUACUGGUAAUGUUGGAGGGCAUUCUGAGGAUGAGCUCCGAGUGUCUGAAGAUGGUGUUAAUAAAGAAUCUUCUGAAGCCAUGGCUGGUGAAGAAAGAAAUGGAGAAGUUGUCUUGUCAAGUCUAGAUGGGAGAAAAAUUCAUAAAGAUGAAAUAUCCUUGUCAGCUAAAGAUACAUAUAUCUCUGACAAUUCUGAACUGGGGUUGUCUGAUGGGAAGAAGAAUGCAGUUGCUGCUAUAGGAUCCUUUGAUGCAGGUUCCUUGGAGCCAUCUAGUGACCCCAACAUUGUCCCUCUGUUGAUUGAUAUUGAGAAAGGACGUCGAAAGAGUUUCAUGAAUGGAAAUGACAGUAGUUUUAAUUCUGACGAGACAGGGAGAAUUGCGGUUGUCAAUGACUUGCAAACUGCAGAGUGCUCGAGUAAUAGUGAUCCAAGGGCUGGUACUUUUGGCGGUAAUUUUGGAUCAUGUGUUGAUGCUGUCACAUUGUCACCUGAGAUGAGACAUACUAAAGGAUCUGUCAAUGCAGUGGUUUCUGUUGGAGACGAUAUUAGGACUAUUGUGGAUGAUGACUGUUUACCUAAGUUGACAAGGAAGAGGAAGAUUACGGAUGACGAGUCUGUUUUGCCCUUUAUGAAGGUGAGUGAGACAGAGGAAUAUGAAGUUAGAUCCUUGCUAGGCCAAGAUAAAAAUUUCAGUUGUUUUAAAGAAGAUCAUGCCUCUGGAAAAGAGGAUGUUACAGUUUCUGGUAAUGGGAUUUCAGAAGUGGAACUGUCACUUCAGGAUUGUUUAAAAGAUGGUUCCAAUUCAUGUUCUACCAAGAGUCCCAAGAAACGGGCAGUUUCUUCGCCAGCCAUGGUUAAAUCUGUUCCCUGUGUUACCACGUAUGAGGAACAUUUUAGCAGGCCAAUUACAGUGCCUUUGGUCAAUGAUGUUUCAGUGACAGAAUUAGAAUCUCGAAAUACAUUGUCUAAUGUUGCUGAUGGUCCACCAGCUCCUCCUUCAGGCAUAAUGCUUGAGAGCAGCAAUACUGCCAAGGAUGUAUGUCAGGCUGAGCCAUUUGAAGAUGGCUUGAUGGAUCACGUUUCAGAUAUUCCGCAGGUCAUUCCUCACAAUUCUCAACUGGGAGAAGUGGUACAAGAAACUAAAACUUCAGCUGUAUCCAUUGGGACGCUAAAAAUUUCUUAUAGAGCAAGUGAGGACAAAGGUUCCUCUCUUGGAGUAGAUCAAAAGUUGGCCCCAGAAGGCCGUGAAAGGUGUAAUUUUGUGCUUGAUAGGGAUGACAUGCCUUUAUUGGCAGAUAAUCUCUCUUUAUUUGCCAAAGAAGUAAGUGUCAAAAGUAUGGAAUCUCUGCCAGAUAUGUCAUCACUGGUGUCAUUUCCUGACUUACCUAAUAGUUCAGUCUGUGAGGAGCCUGAUGAUAAGUCAUCAAUGUCCAGUGAAAUUGUUAUUGGAAAAGCCCAAGGUGUUGAUGAAAAUUCCAUAACUGUUUUUGACCAUGUUUCUUCCAUAUUGUCUGAUACUUUUGAGUUUGAUAGAAGUUCAGAUCAUAAAGUUGGUGGCGAUCCUCUGGUUAAUGUCAAUACUUUGCCAUUACCAUCACAGAAUACGGUAAAGUCCACCAAGAAUGUGAAUUCACAGAGUUGGAAACCAAAUCUGGGUGCAAACCAGCAGAGUCCUGCUGGCCCUAGGGCUUUCUCUGUUCGCCCAUCGAGUCUCAUCACUUCAAGGAAUGUGCCCGUUUCGAAGAAGCCACUGACAUGGCAUAGAACUGGUAAUAGCUCUUCCUCUGUUGUUGGACGAGGUUCCCAAAUGAACUCCCUUCCUCCACAAAGCUCUUCCUCUCUUGUUGCAAAAGUCGGUUCUUACGUUCGCAAGGGUAACAGUCUUGUCAGAAAUCAUUUGCCUGUUGCUUCCGUUUCCAAAGGAUACCAUGCUCCUAGUUCUUCAGUUUACCGGUUGAACUCUUCUGGUGUGAAUGACCUGAAGAGAAAAUCUGAGAAUAUGACUGAGACGACUGGUUCACCCAGCUGCAGGCUAACUCCAGAAUUAAAUGCUUCUUCAGAGAGACCCAAAACUCCGCCACAAAAUGAAACAUUUAAUUGCGUUACAUUGAUGUCUGCAUCUUCGCCAGUGGUAGAUCAUCCCGCAAAUGGUAGUUUAUCUACAACCUCAGAUCCUUUGGAAGUUAAUGACAAUAUUUUGGCGCUGAAGCCUUCUGAGCAUCCUUCAACAUCUUCUGCAGUUCCUGAAUGUCAUAGUGGUUUGGGAGGCAAUUCUGAAAGCCAGAAUACAUUUGAUGAAGACAGUUCCCGAAUGAAUAUAGUUUAUGUGAAGCAAAGAUCUAAUCAGUUAGUUGCAGCUUCAGAUAAGACCCAGACUUCAUCCGAUGGCUACUUUAAGUGGAGAAAGAAUCAACUGAUUCGUGCAUCUAGCAAUAAUCAUAUGAAGCAAAGAGUUGCCACAGCAAAGAAUAUAGUUCCGCUCCAAAAAGGUUUAGCGAAGACCUCUAAAUUGUCAAAGUUCUCAUUAGUCUGGAAAUUAGGUGACACCCAGUCAUCAAGGAAAUACGGUGGCACUUAUGAGAAACUUUGGCCUUACUUAUUUCCAUGGAAAAGAGCUAGCUAUCGGAAGAGUUUCCUGAGUUCCUCUCCAAGUGACAGUUCCUCUAUUAUCAGACGGAAGCUACCGCUCUCAAAAAAGAGGCAGACUAUCUAUACAAGGUCAAUUCAUGGACUCUCUUUACGAAGAUCUAAGGUGUUAAGUGUCUCCGGCUCUAGUUUAAAGUGGUCAAAAUCUAUUGAGCAAAGGUCAAAGAAGGCUGUAGAGGAAGCUGUGCUAGCAGUUGCUGCGGUAGACAAAAAGAGAAGAGGACAAGAUGGUUUUAAUGCUGACACAAAGAAUGGAAAUAAUGUUUCUCGAGAAAGGAUAUUCCGCAUUGGUUGCGAGCGGUAUAAGAUGGAUCCUUCUGGGAAGACACUACAGAGAAUCUCAGAUGAGGAACCUUCGGUGUCAGUUCUGGAGGCGAAGAAGUCUUACAUCCCAAAAAGAUUAUUGAUUGGGAAUGAUGAGUAUGUACGGGUCGGCAAUGGUAAUAAGCUGGUUAGAAAUCCAAAGAGACGAGUACGCAUUUUAGCGAGUGAGAAAGUACGCUGGAGUUUGCACACUGCUAGAAUUCGGUUGGCAAGAAAGAAACAGUAUUGCCAGUUUUUUACGAGGUUUGGCAAGUGUAACAAGGAUAAUGGAAAAUGUCCUUACAUUCAUGACCCAUCUAAAAUCGCUGUCUGCACUAAAUUUCUGAAUGGUUCUUGCUCCGACGCCAACUGUAAAUUGACUCACGAGGUCAUUCCUGAAAGAAUGCAAGACUGCUCCUAUUUUCUGCAAGGAUUAUGCUCGAACGAGAAUUGUCCGUAUAGACACGUAAAUGUGAAUCCAAAUGCCUCUGUCUGUGAAGGUUUCCUCAGGGGCUAUUGUGCUGAUGGCAAUGAGUGUCGGAAGAAACACUCCUAUGUCUGCCCCAUUUUUGAAGCAACUGGCAGCUGUCCCCGAGGUUCAAAAUGCAAGCUUCACCAUCCGAAAAACAAGAGGAAAGGAGUGAAAAGGAAAGCUUCCAGCGAACUGAAGAAUGGUCGAGGUCGUUACUUUGGCUCUCCACAGAUUGAUAUUAUUGAGCGUAUAACAGCUGGACCGGAGAAACCCUCUGUGAAGGGGAAUAAUGACAUAUUCUGUAAGGAGGGAAGGUUUGUUGAUUUUAUUAGCCUAGAUGAUGGUAGCGAUGAAGAGGAACAGACAAUUGAUCAAAGAAGUGAGGAAACACCACUUUCUGAGAGUGGUCCCACAGAGAUGCAACUGGAUGAUCUCAACGAGCUUAUUAAACCCAUGCGUCUUCUAAAUAGGAAUAGGUCUUUAGGUUUAUCUCCCCAUAUAGAUGGCCCAAGCGAUACAUGACCAGAAGCUAUGUAUCAGAGAGGAGUCUCAGUAUUGUAAAUGAGGUUUUGUAGUUAGGUGUUUAUUUAGUGUUCUGCUAGUGCAGAACAAUUUUUUUUUCCCAUCUUUAGGCUUUUAGUUAAUUACUUAGUUAUAGGUCUUAGGAUUAGGCAAUUUUUUAGUAUUUUUUUUCCCAAUGUCUGUUGUGCGAUAUAGAACAAAAAACUGCUGUUAUAGUGAAUUAAAGGAAAUGAAAAUUUAAUCUCUUUCUUUGCAA